AUGGACGAAAACAGUUUAGAAGAUUUUUCACUAGACAAUUAUGACUGGGAAAAUUGGCCUCCGUGUAUAGAAAAUGAUGUCCCAGCUGAUGAUUCAUUCCAUUUUACAUUUACUGAUGAGUUACUAUUUCAAAAUGCUUCCGAGCUAUCAUCCAGCAACGAAUAUUCUGCUUCGUCAUUCGAAUCAAAUAGUUCAACCUGUUUUUUUUCUAGUGCUCGUGAUUAUGAAAACAUUGACAAUCAUCAAUAUAUUUAUUCGACUGAACAGAAGACGCUUUCUUGUUCUUCUUCCCAAAAACAUGUUAAUAUUUCAUCAGAGCAACUAGCUAAACUAAAAUUUAAAGAACUCAAACGAUUAUUUAAAAGUUUGCCAGAAACCAAAGUUCAAGAAUUGAAAAAGAAGAGAAGGCAAUUAAAAAAUCGAAAUUAUGCAAAAACAUGUAGACACAAAAAGAUAACAAAAAAUGUCAGUUUGGAGGAAGAAGUAAAAAUGUUACGUCAAGAGAGAAUACAUUAUGUUAACGAAAUAUCCAAGUAUAAAGAAGAAAUAAAACUUCUGAAGAUGAAGCUGGAGAUCACCGACAGGGCUUUAUGA